UGAGCCAGAGGAAAAAACGACCUCAUGAGUCAAAACCCUUGCUGUUCUGGGCUUUUGGCUGCACCAGCAGCACACUGGCAUUAAGCCCAAGCUUAAAUCUGGGAAUGAGUUGAAGACUGGCAAAUACACACUGGCUCUCAUGUGCCCCUGAGGUGACCUAGAACUGAGAGUUGGAACAGCUGGCUAGGGAAAAUGGGAGGAGCUUACACGCUGUGGCAUGAAUAUACCUGGCCUGGCAGGCUCUACUGAGUGCCUGCAGCUUCUCCACUGACCAGUCACUUGGAUAAGUGAAUAGUCUCCUGCAUUGUGCCAGGAACCACUGAUCUCCCUCUCAUUUUCUUUGCACACCUGGAAAGCGGUUUUCCUUUUGCCCUCUCAAAUGGACUGUCUUUGCCUGCCCUAAAGGUUUGCUCUGAGGAUGCAAUAAAAAAUAUCCUUCCAAAGUUAUUUUUAAAAAUCUUUUUCUCCAAAGCACAUGUUUCUCUCCCAGUAUGGUCAAAGCUGUGGGGCUUUGUGAAGCAAGCCCUGCAGUUGGAUUAGUAAAGCAGUAACUGUGCUGAUGGUCAAGGUGUCAUGUCCAAACUUCAUUGAGGUUAAAAUUAAGGCACGAUUGCAGGCUCCACUCUGGCAAUCAUCUGGAGUGCCCACCUUACUGGGAAAAACCAAGAAGCAGUUGGCUAAACCUAAUGGAUCUGAUCCUCCAUGCAGAUAUCCUGCUAGGUACAGAGGGUUUGCAAGGCCUAUACUCAAUGCUUCUAAGCUGUUAUGAAGUUACAUCAAGAAGAAGUGAGGCUGAGGAAGACCAAAAGAGGAUGAAGAGGAAAUCACAGAGCAUACCAGCCAGGUCCCACGGCUCCAUCACAGCCUCUCUCUGCACUGGUGGAUGAAACCCUGGCACAGACCAGGUGACAGACCCUUACUAUGCAUUACCCUUGGAGCUGGCAGGCGUGCAUGGGCUCUGUCACCAUCCACAGCUUGGCUUGGAGAGAGGAUGAACUCCUUUGUGCCUGAAACACGACCUACUGGGAAUUAAGACCUCAAAUCUCACAGCUCCUGGAGUAGCAGACACAAAUUCAGGCCUCAUACAUUUCAGUGGAUACUAUUAAUCCUGAAAACCUUUACAAUAACACACAGUGGCACAUCUGCAGGGCUGUAAGUGUCAAAAACUAAGUGGGUGGAGCUGGACAGCACAAAGAGAGCAGGCAGUUUUUUGGGCUGGAGCCAGUUUGAUUUUGCUAAAACUCUUUUGUGUUAAACAAUUUCUGGGUCACGGUGAAAAUUUCCCUUUGUAAAAAACAAACAAACAAACAAACAACAACAAACCAAACAACAAAACAACCUCAAUAUGAAAAACCAAACCAGUUUGCAUGUUCCCAUUUUUGUGCUGCUGUAAAGCUGAAAAUGUUUUAACAAAACAUCUCUUGUCAGCAGCAGCAAUGACAGAACUAGGUAUGGAUUCAGGAAAAAGGUAUUUCACUGAAAGCAAGAAUAGUACUUCAGACAGCAUUGUUUUUCUGUUUCCUGACAAAAGAUUCUUUUGGUCAUAGUGUUGAUUGUUUUAAUUUUACAUAAAAGCCCUGACGGGAGUACUAAACCCCUUUGCCUCUAACCCCUCUCUCUCUCUCUGACUCCCACCCACUGAUGAAAAACCACCAGCCCCCAAUCCUUGGGCUGCACACGCUGGUAAAUCUGUGGAGCCUGAACAUUCUGUCCAUCUCCAUCAGCUCGAACUCACACACAUGUGCCCCAGCAUUUCUCCUCCUCCGGGGCUGCAGCCGGACUGCGGAUGACGCGGGAGGAGAGAGAGCACCCCGCGGCCAGCUCCCUCGCGGCUCUGACCCGGGUACCAUGUGCGGGGGAGCUGGGGAUGCUCGUUACCAUAGCGACCUCUGCUAAAAUGCUCCCCCCUCCCCGCGCCGGGAUGCAGCCCGUUGCAGACAGUCGUUCUUGCGUUUGUGGAGGAAGGCCGGUGGUGGGGUGCCCCGGGGAGGCUGGAGCGGGGCUGACACUAGCGGGGAGGCGGUAGGGGAAGCCCCCGGGAGUCCCGUUGGGCAAUGAGGCCACGCUGCUGGCUGCCUGUCCUUCCCCCGCCCGCCGCGGCUGCUCCCGCCAUCCCUCCCUCCCUGCCUGCCUCCCGCCCAUCCGCGCCUGUCGCCUCCCGCUGUCACCCAGCUCUCCCGGCGCGGGGUCCCUUCUCCCUGGCGCUGCCUGGCCGGGAAAGGAGCCUGACUCAUCCCGGCUGGGACCCGACAGAUGCGGGAGGGAGCAGCCUCAUCCCGGCGCCCUGCACCCGUGGAAGAAGGGCAACGCUGCUCCGGACUCACCGUGCACCUGGCUGGCCAGGGGUUCUUGGCAAGGCAGAUCGGCUGCUCCCGCCAUGCCCCACUUCUUGGAUUGGUUUGUGCCUGUGUAUCUGAUGAUCUCCAUUCUCAUCCUGGUGGGCUUUGGAGCUUGCAUUUACUACUUUGAACCAGGACUCCAGGAAGCCCAUAAGUGGCGAACACAGAGGCCAAUUAUGGAGCGAGACCUUCGGAAGACCCUGAUGAUUCGGGACAACCUGGCCUUUGGGGUGCCUGAGGUCUGACAAGCUGCUCAUCACAGCCAGAGGAAUCUCUCCUGGGUAGGCAGCAGACCACAAGCCUUACUAGGGAUGGCAGUCCUGCCCUGGUAAAAGUGGGGCUGGCCAUCACUUUGCUCUCUGCUGAUCUGGGUCUCGUACUCAUCAUUCGCCAUUCUGCCUCUUUGCUUCUUAGUCAAGAUUUGUUUGGCUGGGCUUCCCGUGCUCACAGAUCUUCAGCCAGUCAAGGACUUCUGCUGCUUCCCAUGGCCAAGAGUGACAUUUGUGCCACUCAAAUGAAAUAUCCCUUGUUAAUCACUUGAGUUUGAGCUGCCUGGCAUCUUGACAGGAUCUUCAGUAGGAAAGGUACCAGGUUUGCAAAAGGAUACAGAACCUUGUACUCCUAUUCCCUAGGUUAAAUCUAACACAGUCUGUCUAAGUCCAAGGGGUGUUUUGGGGAAUAUAAAUGGGAUUUCAAUACAAAUUGUUGCUUCAGCUGAGCUCUUCCCAGCACCCACUCUUGAUGCUAGGAUGGUGAGCUUGCUGAAGCUCUGUGCAGAGGGACCAAGGGCUCAGUGAGCCUCAGACUGAACGCCUUUAUCCUUGCUAAAUGCACACCCCUUCUGUGUCUGUUUGGGAGAUGGAGAGCAUCCAUCCCUACAUCCAUUCCAGAUGCACCACACUGAAAUUAAAGGUCUUUAUUAAAGAG